UGUUGACUCAAUCGGGAGAGACGUAACCUCAGUAGUUUAGAUCAAACCUACAUUUUUGACUGAUCAGCUAUUAAAAAAUACUAACACUGGUAAUAAAAGCCAGUAAAUUUGCUAUCUAAUAUACAGUCAUGGCAAGUUCUGAACCUAAGGCUUUAAAGAGAUGUUUACUGAAUGGUAAUACAGGAAGAGAAGUGGAAUUACAGAAAAAGAAUGGUUUGUUGAGAGUCAUGCAGUGGAACAUCCUUGCUGAUGCCCUGAGUUACUCUUCACCAACGCAAAACUUCAUAAAAUGUUCUCCUGAAGUACUUUCCUGGCCAGCACGAAAAGAACGUAUUUUAAGAGAUAUCAUCCUGUAUUCCCCUGACCUUGUUUGUCUGGAAGAAGUUGACCACUUUCAUGAUUAUUUUGCGCCGGAAUUGAAAGCUCGUGGCUACAAAUGUACCUUCCUUGCUAAACCUGACUCUCCCUGUCUACAUGUACGAGGACAUACCUCACCUGACGGUUGUGCUAUGUUUGUAAAGGAAGAUCGCUUGGAAAUCAAGCGAACGCAAGAAGUAGUCCUUAAAGAUGAGCAAAGUUUGCCCUCGAAUCAGGUUGCUAUUCUGAUGAAUUUAUAUGAUCUUCAAAAAAAGUGCACUUUCCUGGCAGCGGUUACACAUCUGAAAGCUAAAGAAGGAAACGAAAUGAUACGACUAGCACAAGGGAAGGAUCUCCUUUUUAAUGUCACACAAAUGAAAUGUGCUACGGGAAGCGACACCAAAGUAUUACCAAUUUUAAUAUGUGGCGAUUUUAACGCCACGCCCGAUGAGCCUAUUUAUCAGGAAAUGCUGAAGGAAGGCUUGAAGAGUGCCUACUUCGUAGCGGCGAGACAAGAAGCUCAGUUUACGACAUGGAAAUUUCGGCCAAAUGGAGAAGUUUGCCACACCAUCGAUUACGUGUGGCACUCCUCGGAAUUUAUAGUGCGGAAUUUCCUUGAGAUUCCUUCAAAAGACAUUGUUGGAAGCACAGCGUUACCGACUAUUGAGUUUCCAUCCGACCAUGCAUCGCUGCUUUUCGACUUUGAACUGUCGCAUCACUCGCAUGAGUAAAUGUAAAUCUUGAUAAAAAAAAAAAGUGUAAUUGUUACUCGCGUAUCCUUUCGUUAAUUAACUUUAUCCGCUGAAAAUUAUUUGUCUUUUUAUUGUCUUUCAAUUAGUUUGUACU